AUCCAGAAUUCAUAUAGCAUCUGCUGCUUAGCCCCGAGGCCAGACGAGAGGGGCUUCCUUCACCUCGGGGCUGAAUUAUGAGAAGAACGCUCGAUGUAACCUUCAGGGGUUGCCUGUCUUUGCCGCAAAUCUAGGCGCUACGCCGAAAACACGACCGAAGGCUUGUGAUGCUUCUAUCUCGACGAGGGAGCGGGGCUAAAAAUGGCAUCUCGACAACGCUCGCCCGGGAUGAAACUGUGUGCAGCUCAGAGAUUUAAGAGGUGUGAAUGUCAACUAGGGCUUGUGGAAGCGGGCCGGGGUGACCUGUAUUCACAAGAACUCUUGUCUAGGCGGGUUCUUGUGUGCUCUCAAUGUGGAAGUCCUGUUAGGACUGAAAAGCAAAAGGAGAUGAUGCUUUGUCAAACCCUUCAAAGUCAUAAUGAAUGCAUCGGGUGAAGUUGAAGUGGUUUCAAUCGGCACACUCAGAACCCUGGCUGAUUAAACGACUGAAAAGAAAGAGUGCAAAAUUUGCUUCAAGAAGACCCGAGCUGCUGACACUACAAACCUGUUGGCAAGACAACAAAGAGAGGACAAGAGGUACACGGUCACAGCUGUGACCAUGGAGCCUCCCCCCUCUCUGAGCCUGGCUCUCCUCGGAGGCAGCGAGGACGAAGACCAGCGUUUCCUCCUCCCGCUGGCUGGCAUCUCCCACCCCGCCGCCGCCCCCGCAGGCCAGGGUCCGGGCUCUAACCACUCCAAUCACACGGCGCCGUCCAGCCUGGGCCGGCUCAACGGCAGCAACCCGUCGCCGUCCCCCGCCGCCACGCCGUCGUCCCUGCCCAAGUUGUCGACCGCGGGGACGCCGGCCAUCUCCAAUGCCUUGCACCCCACCAGCACCCCGCUCUCUUCCUGCUUGGGCUCGCAGCACAGUCUGAGCGGGGACAACUCGCCCAUCUACAACGCCCUCUUUUACUCCUCCCACUCGCCCUCCAUGGAUCGCGAGAGGGACCGGGAACGCGGGUGCAAACACAGACAGGCCAGUCCCUUGGUCCACCGCCGGGACAGCAACCCCUUCACCGAGAUCGCCAUGAGCUCCUGCAAGUACACGGGCGGCGUCAUGAAGCCCCUGAGCCGCCUCAGCGCCUCCCGGAGGAACCUCAUCGAAUCGGACAGCAGCGAAACCAAAGAGGGCGGGGUUUCCGCUGUUGCCGGGGCGACCGCGGUCGGAGGUCACGACCGGCAGCGGGAAGCCCCGCCUACCUCCUUGCUCAGCCAGUCCUCCACCAAUCAGCCGCCCCUCCAGAGCCCCCCGGAAAUUAUCAUUUCAUCCAAAGAAGACUCGCCGUACCCCAGGGCAGGAUAUGACAUCAGCGACACCGCCUCCAACCAGAUGUCCAUCUACCACCAGAACCACGCACUGGUGGAGAGUCGCCGGGCGCAACCGGGGAGGGGCGCCAGUCCGGGCGCCUCGGGGGCGGUGGGAACCGGCGCCAGGGCCGGCACCGCCAAGGCCCACAAACGGAAGAACCAAAACAUUGGCUACAAACUGGGUCAUCGCAGGGCGCUGUUCGAAAAGAGGAAGCGACUGAGCGACUACGCUCUCAUCUUCGGGAUGUUCGGAAUUGUCGUCAUGGUGAUCGAGACGGAGCUGUCCUGGGGCGUCUACAACAAGAGCUCCAUGUAUUCUCUGGCGCUGAAGUGUCUGAUCAGCCUGUCUACCGUCAUCCUGCUGGGCCUCAUCAUCGCCUACCACGCACGGGAGGUUCAGCUGUUUGUCAUCGACAACGGGGCGGACGACUGGCGUAUCGCCAUGACGAUGGAGAGGGUCCUGCUCAUCGCUCUGGAGCUGCUGGUGUCGGCCGUGCACCCGGUGCCCGGCGACUUCAAGUUCCAGUGGCGAGCGCGGCUGGCCUUCACGUUCGUGCCGUCGCAGGCCGAGGCCGACCUGGACAUGGUGCUGAGCGUGCCCAUGUUCCUGCGCCUCUACCUCAUUGCCAGGGUCAUGCUCCUGCACAGCAAACUCUUCACCGACGCCUCCUCGAGGAGUAUAGGGGCACUCAAUAAGGUGCAUUUUAACACGCGCUUUGUAAUGAAAACGCUCAUGACCAUCUGCCCCGGGACGGUGCUCCUGGUCUUCAGCAUCUCUCUGUGGAUCAUCGCCGCCUGGACUGUGCGAGUCUGUGAGAGGUACCAUGACUCACAAGAUGUGACCAGCAACUUCCUGGGAGCCAUGUGGCUGAUCUCCAUCACGUUCCUGUCCAUCGGCUACGGAGACAUGGUCCCUCAUACUUAUUGUGGCAAAGGAGUUUGUCUGCUCACUGGAAUCAUGGGUGCCGGUUGCACGGCUCUGGUGGUUGCCGUGGUAGCCAGGAAGCUGGAGCUGACCAAGGCCGAGAAACACGUCCACAACUUCAUGAUGGACACGCAGCUCACCAAGAGGAUAAAGAACGCGGCGGCCAACGUGCUGAGGGAGACCUGGCUCAUCUACAAGCACACCAAGCUGAUGAAGAAGAUCGACCACUCCAGAGUUCGCAAACACCAGCGGAAGUUCCUGCAGGCAAUUCACCAAUUGCGCAGCGUGAAAAUGGAGCAGAGGAAACUCAGCGAUCAGGCCAACACGCUGGUGGACCUGUCAAAAAUGCAGAGCGUCAUGUACGAGCUCAUGUCGGAGCUCAACGACCGCAGCGAGGACCUGGAGCGCCAGAUGUUAUCCCUGGAGCAACGGGUGGAGCAGCUGACGGCCGGCUUCAACGCCCUGCCGGCGCAUCUCUCGGCCACCCUCGGCGCCCAGCACGCCGCCCUGGUGCACCUCCUCCGGGAGAGAGACUCCAGGGAUGGGAGGGACGCAGGAGCCGUGGUGCCGCUUUCCCCCGCAGCUUCACUAACCUCCACUGCAGUUACGGCCACACCAGUAUCAACUCCAGAAGUUCCUCCUCCUCCUCCUUCUGUCCCCCCACCGGCCGCUUUGGAGCCCCCUUUGCCCGGACCAGAAGGGAGCUCGGAAGUGAGUCCGAACGGCAACACCUCCACCUGCUGAGAGAAUUCAGGAGAGGACAAACGCAAGGAAGCCAACGAGAGUGGGCGCGCUGACAAAUGAGCCUCUCAAAUUGAUGAAGCUGGCCCAACGGGGAGAAAUAAUGGGAACGGGCGGGAGCGCCGGUGUGAGUGAUGACACUUUUUUGGGGGGUGCUGGGGAGGGCAAGAGAAAUUUAGCAAGGAGACUCUAAAGGGUGCGGGGGCAGAGGAAGGGCGUCAAGAGGGUGAGAAAUGGCGCUAGGAAGUAUAAAAAGAGGAGGAGAAAUAACGAGGAUUAAUUAUGUGAACUCUGAAGGGUUGGGGAAAAAAAGAAAAAGCCUUUAUCUCUCUCGCUCUCUCUCUCUCUCUCUUGUUCUCUCUCUUUCCGUGCCCUUUCAUCAGGAAUUAAUGACCAUGACUUUUUAUCCUUAUGAUGUAUUUUGUAUCAGAAUGCUAAUUGUGUGAUAACGAGCAUCCCUUUAACAGAAGGUUAGAUCAAUAUGACCGGAAUUUAUUGAAACAAAUAAAAAAAAGUGGCACACACACACACACACACGCACACACAUGCAUCACCCCACAUUGACUUUCACAAUGCCCUUAAGAUAACACUCGAGCCUCUACUGCCAGUCGUCAAUGCACUGUCAAUCUGCACAAAGCACUGCCAAGCUAUGUUAAAAAAAAAAAAAAAAUCUCCAUACUUUGAUAGCCCCCAUCGCUAAUAACGCUGAACCAUACAAACCAUUCAGCGCACA